GCUUCCUUGGCUCGGUCUCCUCAGAAGUGUUAGUGAGUUACUGUUUGUGGUGAAGGAAACUGGUGUGGAAAACCCCGGACUGUGGCUUUAAAUUAGUCGUGUAGGGGCGUAUAAGGGAGUGGUAACAGCCAAACGACUCUGGUAUCACCAUUUCAGCAGUUAACAACCUAAAUUUUAGUCCAUAAUGACAUCAAUGGGGUUGUUAGUGGCACUGUUGAUCUGUUUAUUCUCGGUGUCAGUCUUUGGUAAUAAAUAUUCCAAAGAGGCAAAUAAAAAUGUGUACUUGGAAAGGAACCAAUUUAGGAUGGCGAAACUAAAUUUGCUAUGGGAUAAAGCCCUCAAGCGACUGGCUGAGCCCAAACUGAAUUUACUUCAAUCAGAACUGAAGAUGCAAGACAAGGAAGAAAUGACUCUAAAGAAGCUCAAGACAGAUGGUGGUGACAAAGAAGGAUUAAAAGAGGCAGAACUGCGAAAGAAACUUCGAGGAAUAAUGGUGAGAUACAACUUGAGUGAUGACCUUCGAGACAACAGGACACCAGCUAGCAAGGAAGCUUACUUGAAUGAGGUGACUGACCAGAAGAUCCUUAAAGCCAUUUUCAAGGAUAAGAAGCUCAACAGGUUAUGGGAAAAGGCAGAAAGUUCAGGAUUUACUGAGCCAGAGUUAAAAGCUCUUAAGGAAGAGUUCCAACACCACCAAGACAAAGUUGAUGAUUAUUAUUCUCUCAUCAACACUGCCUCUGUCAAGUUGGAACAGGAUCAGAACCAUCUAGAAAAUGACAUAAAGCGUUUUGACAGCUUACAAGAUAUGGUGUUAACAGAGAAACCAGGACAAGGUUCCACCAAUACCAUAAGAGAGAAGCACAGAGAACUGAAGGAAGGCUAUGAUCGUCUGCACAAGAUAUCUACAACUGGGCCUGACAGUAAAGACUUCGUCGAGCCCAAGGUUGCUGGGUUGUGGAAACUAGCGGUCCGUGGUGACUUUACACAGGAGGAACUAGAGUCAUUACAUACUGAGCUGAAACACUACGAGCAUCGUCUGUUGAAAGUAAGACACAUGACGGGCCAGAUGAGUGUACUGCAAGAACGUGCUGGUGACGACAUAGAGAAGCUGCAAUCUACAGAAGGUCAACGUAUCAUGCAAGAACGGCUUACUAAACAACAGCGCAAAGUGGAGAAACUGCACGAAGAUCUUGAGAUGAGGAUCCUUCAGAGGCAUUUGGAACUCUGACCUGCUCCAUUACUAUUGAAGUUAGGAGCUUUUAAGGUUAAUAAAAGGUGAGGGAAGAACACAAAUAGGUAAUUGUGAAUUGGGAGUCAUUCCAUAGACAUUGUGUAAUAUUAAGUUAUAGUUUAGAUUUUAAAUAAUCACUGACGUACAAGUACGAUGUUCUCAAUUUACGGUAUUGAUAAUUAGGAAAAUCAAUAUGUUUGUAGAUCAAAUAUGGAGUCAUUUGUUUUGGCUUCUAUUGGCUGUGGUGAUGGAAAAUUUUAUCAGUAUACAACAAAAUGUACAGUAUACUAUAUCAAUUUCCUGUUAUAAUUAGUUGUAAAGACCCAGUGAGUAGUUUUGUGUUAAGUAAGAUGAUUACAAGAAUUCAAUAUAUUUUUUUUGACUGGUUAUCACAGUACAGUAUUUGACACAUACUUACAACCAAGAUGGAAAACAAUUAGUGCAAUAUAGGUUUUAUUGUAAUAAAAUACUACAUUUGGUUUUAUCUUCAUUUACAUUGUGUGCUUUAGCAAAUCAUUGAAAGCAUUCUAUUUUGAGUAGCUUUCUUGGGACAUUGUGAAAAUGAUGAAACCUUUGUGAGGGAAGGACAGCUGCAGGCAUUAUGUAAAGAAUCUCAUUCCCUUGACACAAGUUAUGGUCAACACAAUAACUGAUUUAUUGUUCUGCAGAUUUUCAUAAUUUUUGCAUUACUGUACAGUACUGUCUUUGGGCACAGUAUUUAAGAUGGAUUUGUAUAUAAACUGUCAUUGACCCUUUUGACCCCAAGAGCUGAUAAAUCGUCUUCCUGAUGAACCAUAAAUUUAUUUUGCUAUGCAGGUACUAUACAGUAUUACUUUCUGUGUUCGAUAUUAAUAAGAUUUUAAUAUUCAGAUGCGGUAAUAUAUAUUGAAUUUGUUAAUUGACUUUCUAGUUUAUUGGUAUCAGUUUCAGCUCUAUAUAUCCCAAAACAAGUUUGUGGAAUACGGAACUGUAUGAUGCUGUGUACAGUAUGUGGCCAAUCCUUCGUGUGUUGCCAUCACCGAGUGUGGUGGAAAAUUUGUCUUCAAACUAAGCAGGGAUAUUGGUCUUCCCAAAAAUUAAAAGGCGUUGAUGAUCAGUGUGCUCUUAAUUAUUUAGCCAAUUGAUUGAAGGUGUUUGGUAAUGUAUUUCGUGUUUGACUUUGGCGGACACAUACCGUACAUGUAUUAUCUAGUUUGUUGUUGAAAUGAUGAUGAUGCAAAGUAUCUAAUUGAAUUUUCAGUGCAGAAGAACUAAAUUGUUCAUUUAGCACUAGUUAAAAGCAAUUACAGUACUUUACAUUUGUAUUAAUUUAUGCAUGAUUUAUUUUUUAUUAAUUGGACUUUUUGUAUUGUACUGAUUCAAAGUUUAGUACUGUACUGUACAAUAUUGAGUACAUAACUGAUAUCCUACUUUUACUUCUAUCCUCUGACACUGGUUGGCUCGUUAGCCGCUUGGGCGGUCGGUCAUGUUUCUGUUAUGCAUGGUUGGCAAGUACUGUACUGGCUCCAGGAUAUAUCUGUGCCAAGUUUCUUCAGUGACAUACUCUUUAAAAUGAGCCAAUAAUUUCAUAUUUGGGUGCUCAUAAAUAAUACCUUUAUGUUAAAAAGAAGAUUAUGUAAAACAUUUCCAUCUUUGUAUUGUGUGAAAUGUACACUUCCCCAAAAACGUAUCGCUAGAUUUUCCGUCAUUAAAAUUGGAAACACUAGAUGAAAUGCUUUGAUAUGAUCCCCAGUGCAUCAUCAUCAGUUGGUAUGUCUGCUCACUAUAUCAGCAACAGUUAGAGAUGGGGAAAGGAGUCGUCCUUGUAUUACAUGUGUGAACUAGGACUGAUGAUUACAAUGACACUGAAAUAUAUAUUAAGUGGAAGAGUUUUGGAACAUCAUAACUGAAACAGACUUCAAAAUGAACAUUUCACCAUUACG